AUGGUAGUUGGUCUCAUUUGCGCCCUCCUGCAAGCUGGAAUUCCGCCAUUCGUAUGGCUUGUUAUGGGCAAUUUCGUAACACUGUCUAUAACGAGAGAGGAAGAACGAAUGCUCAACACCACUUCUAACACCACAAGCCUUGAUAAAGAGUUUGCUGCUUCAGCCACGCCUGCAUUUAUUGCUAUGCUAUCAUUAUCUAUCAGCAUGUUCAUCGCUGCUUUCUUUCAGAGAUUAGCAUGGGAAGUUUCCGGAAUUCGGCAGGUGUUUCGUGUAAGACGAACCUAUGUUCGUAAAAUGCUUCAUAUGGAUGUUGCUUGGCUGGAGAGUCGACAAAGUGGCCAAAUGGCCACAAUGCUUCAAGAGUAUGUGCUCUCGGCUUUCGCAGUUUACCUGUAUCAUUUUCAUAUUUUUGGCACAUUUAGCCGUUUGCAUAUAUAUUCAAUGGGAUGUGACACUUCUAAUGUGUUCUGUGAUUCCGAUGUUGAUUGUGAGUCGGAUCCUGUUCAGCAAGGUCAGUUUGACCUUAUUCCCUUUUUGUGUGGCUUAUGGUUCUCAAAAACUAUGGAUGAAGAAAUGGUCCUGCAGAACAAACUUAGCAAUUUGGUGAAUGAAACGUUUAGCUGUAUUCGGACAGUCAUUUGUUUUGCCGCACAAAAGCAGACAAUCAAUAAGUUUGAACGACUUUCUAUGGAAGGAAAUAAAUUGACGGAAGCGCGAUUACGCUCUUCAACAGUCUAUGACAGUUUAACUCAGAUUCUUCUCACAGAGAUGAUAUUCACAGGAGCCCUAUGUUACGGAAUAUGGAGGGUCGCAGACCAAGCUCCUGGAAGACUGGCAGCACUAGCUAUCAACAUGCUUUACAUGUGCGUUACGUCAAUCUCCAUAGGCUUCCAUAUCAAUGGUGCUUCUACUGCACGACAGAAUGCUGCACAACUUUGCAAGAUUAUGGGUGAGGUCUGUCGUUAUAUAAAAUUACUGAGCAAGGGAGCUCUGCAAUUUCGAGAUAUUCACUUCAGCUACCCUAGUAGACCUGAUGUAAAGGUACUGAACGGGAUUUCUUUCGACGUGGAGGCUGGCGAAAAAGUAGCGCUUGUUGGUUCAAGUGGGUCCGGAAAAAGUACCCUCACAGCACUACUUCUACGAUUUUAUGAUCCCGACAGUGGAUCGAUAUUACUGGAUGGCGACAAUAUCAAAACACUGUGCCCGGACGACCUACGCGGAAUGUGCUCACUUGUUUCUCAAGAACCCAUUCUUUUUGAUGGAACUAUAAGCGACAAUAUUCGAUAUGGAAGGCUAGAUGCUACCCAGCAAGAGAUUAAUGCAGCUGCUCGAAAAGUAGGAGCCUGGCAGUUUAUAAGCACACUGCCCGAGGGAAUGCAAACCAGGGUUGGCGAUAGGCAAGUAUUCUACCAUGAUACCUAUCCAACUGUAAUGUUGUUUGAUGAGGCAACAUCAGCUUUGGAUAGUAUUCAUGAAGAAGAGGUUCAGAAUGCGAUCGAUCUCGCUUCCGAGGGUUUAACCACGAUAACUAUUGCACACAGAAUGACUGCUGUAAGAAAUUGUGAUCGUGUUAUCGUAUUAGAAGAAGGUCGUAUUGUAGAAGAGGGACCACCCGAUGAACUUUUGGGUAAAGAAGGAGGAAGAUUUCAGAAACUCUACAACGACCAGCGUGUGGACAUCUUGGCUCAUGCUUCACACAAAUCAAAUCUUACUCCCCAUGCUUCUGUAACUCUUGGACAGUACUACCGCCCACAAAUUUCCUUCGGUCACAAUCGCAGAGCCCUUAAUCGCAGCUCAUCUGGAAGUUCAAAACAAAAACUUGGCAAAUCGUACUCAGUCCUGAGUCAUGACAGAGAGAAACUUGCACUUCCCGUCAUGAGUAAAAAACGAUCACAACGUCUGGACUAUAAGUAUUCAUCUGUUGGCAGAAUGGAUAUCGAGAUUGAUGUCACACCCGAGGAAGAUGAACAUGUGAGUGUUUUAAGCGCACAGCCUCCCUCUCCCGAGUUUUCUUUGCGCAAACUUUUUCAGCUUGCACUACCUGGAAAGUCGAAGGGCUAUGAUGCAGUGUGGGAACUUAUCUCGGAUUACAAAGAAGGCCAUGCUUUACUGGCUGGUGCAAUUCCAACCACAAUCAUAAGAGCGUUUUUCUAUCUGCUCAUAUGCUUCGAAGUUGCCUCUGUGCUUGAGAGACUAUUCAUUGCUCUCUUUGGCCAUGGAUUCUGCUCCUACAUGAGACUAACAAUGUUUAGAAAGAUAAUGCGUCAUGGUUGCGCCUAUUUCGACGAGGAGCGAAACAGCCCCGGGCGUAUUCUUACCAAAAUUAUAAAUGAUUCUUCAAGUUUAAAUAAAAUUAUGGAGGCCAAACUUGAUCUUUUGAUUCCUGCCAUCAUUUGUCCAGCAUUUUCUUUCGUUGUUGCGAUGUACAUCAACUGGAAAAUGGCUCUGCUGUGCUCAUUUCAGUUUCCGGCUUAUUUUAUUAUUCGGAUCGUACAGAUCAAGGAAGGGACGAAAAGGUGGCUCAAACAAAGAGAAAUGGAACACUUCUAUUCUAUCUUCACCAAAACUUUGGAGCCGCUUGCUCGGGCAAUGAAACGUCAGUCUAUGAUAUCCUCCUUUGUUUUUGCUUGUCAGUUCUCGUUCACUUACAUUCUGAUAGCAAUAACCUUAUACUUUGGUAAAGUUAUGAUGCUCAGCAACGAAAUCUCUGUGUUUGAUUACAUGAGAGUAGUCCUUUUGACGCAGUUUGGUGCAAACUUCUUUUCACAGCUGGUAGCAUCUGUAUCGGAUUUGUCCAAGGCACGAAUUGCUGCUGAAAAUGUGGUACACGUUCUCAAAGAGACCCCAACUGAUGUUGACAAUCUAACUGAAGAAGGGCAACGACCUAAAUUAGAGGGCAACAUCCAACUGCACAAUGUUUCAUUCCGCUAUCCAACUCGACCCGUCGUCCCAAUCCUCAAGAAACUCAAUCUCAAGAUAAAAUCAGGCCAAUCUGUUGCUCUGGUAGGGCCAUCUGGUUCUGGAAAGAGUUCAAUCAUUGCACUGAUUCAGCGGAUGUACAAUGCGACCGAUGGUGAAGUGUUACUGGAUAAGUACAACGUCCAAUCUAUUAACCCAGCGUAUCUUCGAAGAGUAGUGGUCAGUGUUGGGCAGGAACCUACACUAUUUUCAUUUACAAUAAAGGUGCUCCUUCUGUCAUCUAUAGUCACGACCGAUAAAAGCCAUUCUUUUCAACUCAGAACCUCUUUCAGGAAAAUAUCAUAUAUGAGCGAGGUUCCUAUGGAACAGGUCAUUGAAGCAGCAAAAAUUGCUAACAUUCAUGAUUUCAUCUCCAAACUUCCACAGGUUACAAUCCUUUUGCACUUUCUGAGAAAAAAAAUGUUCGCUUCAAUAAUUUUGCUUCGUUGAAG